AUGAAGUCACUGUCUUUCUUUCAUUUACGUCCCUACAAUUUUUAUUCAUCUCCCUGUCCCCUUUCUUUCCUGCAUCUCCCUGUCCCCUUUCUUUCCUGUAUCUCCCUGUCCCCUUUCUUUCCUGCAUCUCCCUGUCCCCUUUCUUUCCUGUAUCUCCCUGCCCCCCUUUUACGGGAAUCUUUCAUUCUCACUUUCUUUCUCUCUUUUUCCUUCUUACUUUCACUCUUUCUUUCCUUCUUUCUUUCACUCUUUCUUUCCCUCUCUCUCUUUCUUUCCUUCUUUCUUUCUUUCCCUCUCUUUCUAUCCCUUCCUUCUUUCUUUCACUCUUUCUUUCCCUCUCUUUCUAUCCCUUUCUUUCUUUCACUCUUUCUUUCCCUCUCCCUUUCUCUCCUUUUCUUUCUUUCUUUCUUUCUUCCUUUCUUUCUUUCACUCUUUCCCUGUCUCUUUCUCUCCUUUCUUUCUUUCUUUCCAUUUCUCUUUCUCUCCCUUUCUUUCUUUCUUUCUUUCUUUCUUUCUUUCUUUCACUCUUUCUAUCACUCUUUCUUUCCCUCUCUCUUUCUACCAGACUAUUUAACUUUUUCUCUUUCUUUUUAA